UGACCCGCCUUCCUCCUCGCGGAACUUCCUGUUUGACACGAGCAAAUCUCAAUUUGAUUGCUACAACAUUAUGUCAUCGAUUUAAGCACAAGCGGGCAGAAAAAAAAAGAUUGGAAAAUGUCUGCAAAGCCAACGUGUUUGAUUGUGUUGAGUGCCGCUCCUCAAGGAGUUUCUGCAAAGUCUUUCCAGCAGUGUUUCAAUCUUUGCUCUUCUGUGUUUAACCUCCAGACAGCAACGCCUGCGGGGAAGCCAAUGGAUUUUGUUGGGGUGGAUGACAGCACAUCCAGGUGGGUGCAGGACUUUCACAUGAAACCUUACGCAACUCCUGCCAAACUUGAAUCCAUCGAUGGGGCUCGAUACCAGUCUCUGCUCAUUCCCGACUGCCCGGGAGCACCCAUCGACCUGGCACACAGCGGCUCUCUGCACCGUAUUCUCUCACACUUCAUCUCUCAGGAGAAAGCCGUGUGUGCUGUCGGACAGGGAGUGUCAGCUCUUUGCUCUGCCACCGAGGGGAACAGGUGGAUCUUGGACGGCUAUAGUUUGACCGGGCCGUCAGUGUUUGAACUGGUGCGGAGGCCGGACUUUGCCAACCUGCCUUUAAUCGUAGAAGACUUUGUGAAGGACAGCGGUGGCUCAUACACAGCGAGCCAAGAGGACGCCGUGCACGUCGUCGCCGACAGACACCUGAUAACCGGUCAGAACGUGCAGUCCACCUGGCUUGCUGUCAACAAUUUAAUUCUGCUUGCUAGCGCCAAGUAAGAUGAGCUGAGUCACAUUUGGCGUCACACUGUACCUCAAAGAUGAAUUUAUUCUGUGAGCAAACUCAAUGCACUUGCACAUCAAAUCCAUCAUUUCACUUCAUUUCUGCAGCACCUUGUCUCCGUGAUCGUUUGGAUCAACUCAACUAGCUUGCUUCAUCAUUUUCAAAACCUAUUUGAUAGUCAAGGUAAUACGAUUGUAUUUUUCAAUUCACGCUGAUUGAUUUGUCCUGCUUAACACGCUUCUCCUUUCUUAAUGGAACUUCACCCAUUGAUUUAUUUGCAGUAACUUUGCAUUUUCUUUGUCCCAAUCAACCAUUAAAUCCUUUCAGCAGC